AUGUCAACUUCAGAAAACAUUCAACAGUUACAUCAAGAUUUACAAAACGAACUAACAACAGCGAAUCAGUUAUUGAGAUUAAUAUCAAUAGAGGUAAACAAAAUUAAAAAAAUCACUGUUCCAGAGGGAAUACUUGAUACAAAUAUAAAACAAAAUGCAAAGUUGGUUAAAAGUAUUGCAGAUAUGCAGCAAAUAGACAUUUCAAAUCUACCACCAGUAGCAAGGACACAGUUGGACAUGGUUAAUCAAUCAAACCAAAAUUUAUCAUAUGAGCAGCAUGACAGUUUUAGAAAUAGUAUGGAUGAUUCUCAA